CUGUUAGAUGACUGCAUUGAUUUCACCUGCAACAGGUUAAACCUUUUAUUUUUAGUUCCAGAUGAUCCAUCAACCAUAAGUGAUCCAUCAACCAUGAGUGAUCCAUCAACCAUGAGGAACCCAACAACUGAUCUACUCCAAGAACUGUUGACUUCUCUAGAGGAGCUGAAAAAAUAUGUAAUUCUGGCAUCUAUAUUGAAACGUAUUCACAUUGUUGAAAGCACAACAGGCUCAGAUGAGUGGAAGAGGCUGAUGAAGCUUGCAGAAGAAAACUGCACCAAUCAAACCGUCCUCAAGUGGCUCAAAGAAAAACCUUCCACCUUCUACCAGCUGGUGGACAUGUUUAAUUUCUUUAAAAAACACAUAGAUGAGGAGCAGAAGAAGAACCAUAGCGACACUGUGGACAUCACCUUCGUGGCUCAUGGAGCAAUCGGAGACUUUAUGAUCCCAGCCAGCUGUCUGCUGCCUCUGGCCUCCAUCAGAGACUUGGUUCUGUAUAGUCCCUGGAACUGUGUCUCUGGAGGUGUAGUAUUAACAUAUGCUAUGGCUACAGGAAAACUGAAGCCUCAGCAUAGACUCUUCUACACCAAGAAGGUUGGCUGCAUGUUUCCUGAUAAAAUGCACCAAUCCGUGAAACUACCGGACCGCUGGAACUCAAUGAGACAGGCUGGAGACCAGAUGAUCCCAAACAUCACAGUUAGUCCUCUACGACCAGACGAUGGUGUUUGGAAAAGCUUUGAGUCUCUCACCAAAAAAUACGGUCCUAUUGGGAGAAACCGGAUCGUCAUUCCCUUCAUCCUUCCAGGAGAAGAAUCAGAGAGCGUCCCGUUCUCUGUGGUCACCUUGGCUCUGUCUCUGGUUCUGCGCCAGUCCAGGUUCAAAGCCACCGUCCACCUGGAUACCUGCCUGGCAGACAAAUCUAUUGGACAGAAGCUGGACAGGGAAUAUCUGGAGAAGCAGUACGCCUGUGCUCCUGAUGAGACUGUAAUGAUAUGUUCUAAUGACAUCUUAAGCUUCUCAGUCAUAGAUUAUUUUAAGAGUUUCUUCAGUUAGACAUGUUUGUGUUGAUCCAACUGAUGUUCUGAAAAGAACAGAAGAUUAUUAAUAACCUACUUUCAUGUUUGCUCAGACGUCUGACAACUGAAAGCACCAAGAAUCAGGAACUGCUCAGGAACAUGAAGACUCUGAGACUGAACAGAAAAAUCUAUGAUCAGCAGAAUCACACAUUUACUGUUUGCUUUUUUGAUUCAUAAUUUAAGAUUUUAUUAAGAUUUUAUUUUUCACAGAACAUGAAUCCAGUUUCACUCCAG